CCAAAAUUUUAAAUCGUUUAGUAUUUGUUAUCUGUGUCUAUCAUAGCCAGUAUUCUUUGAAAUCUCUUUAUUUAAUAGUUCAAAAUGAUUGUUUAUCUAGUCGUUGAAACAGCUAUGUGGAAGGCAGUGUUCUAAUUACCAGUUUAAUUUUAGAGUUAGAAGGGUGCUCAGAGAUCAGCCAGUCCAAAGAGGAGAAAUUGCAAAUAUGAGACUGGUGGAAAAAGUAGGAUGCCAUAUCUUUAUUAUAAAUAUCAUAAAAAUAUAAAACAAAGUUUAUACCAGUUAUGGAACUAGGACCAGAUAUCAAAAUAUUAGAUACAAAAUGGAUAAUAUACUGUCUUGUUCUACUAUACUGCCAAACUUUGUGAUUUCAUUGUGUGAUUCUAUAUUUACCUUUUUUCUGUACUUUUAUACUUUAGCUUUUUCAGUACUCCCUGUGCUUCCUUUAAAAUUUUAUUCUUUUUAUAUUCUUUAACAACAACAGAUGGGAUAUGUGAGUUUUAAAUAUAUCUGUAACUGGAAAGAUUUCCUUGUUCAAAGUAGAUUUUGUUAUUUAAUAAUAUUCUUAUUACCCUGUUCCAUUUUGUCUAUUUUUCAUUCAUCACUUAAGGUUUGUGUUUUUUUCGGAAAUCAAAAUUUUCAAACUUGUGCUUGGAUCCAGUAUUCACCAUUAAAAUAUUUUUUUAGAUAAGGAAAUAAAACGUUUCCAAUAAAGCUGAAGUCUCAUCCCACCCAUCCGUAACCAGUCACUCCAUGGAUUCCUCUGGGCAACCUAGACCAGAAGAUAAUCAGUCAGUAGUCAGCAGAAUGCAAAAGAAAUACUGGAAAACUAAACAGGUCUUUAUCAAAGCAACAGGAAAAAAAGAGGAUGAGCACUUGGUGGCGUCUGAUGCUGAACUGGAUGCUAAACUUGAGGUUUUUCACUCCGUUCAAGAGACAUGCAUUGAACUUCUGAAGAUAGUCGAGAAAUACCAGCUAAGACUCAAUGUUAUAUCAGAGGAAGAAAAUGAGCUAGGGCUCUUUUUAAAGUUUCAAGCAGAACGGGAUGCAACUCAAGCUGGCAAAAUGAUGGAUGCCACUGGCAAGGCACUUUGUUCUUCAGCCAAGCAAAGAUUGGCCCUGUGUACCCCUCUGUCUCGUCUGAAGCAAGAAGUAGCAACAUUCAGUCAAAGGGCAGUAUCUGAUACCUUGAUGACAAUUAAUCGGAUGGAGCAGGCGCGCACAGAAUACAGAGGAGCUCUGCUGUGGAUGAAAGAUGUAUCCCAAGAGCUGGACCCAGACACCUUAAAGCAAAUGGAAAAGUUUAGAAAAGUACAGAUGCAAGUGAGAAAUAGCAAAGCUUCUUUUGACAAGUUAAAGAUGGAUGUUUGUCAGAAAGUGGAUUUACUUGGAGCUAGUCGCUGCAAUAUGCUAUCUCAUUCACUCACUACCUACCAGAGAACACUGCUUGGAUUCUGGGAGAAAACAGCUCGAAUGAUGUCCCAAAUUCAUGAAGCCUGUAUUGGCUUUCAUCCGUAUGAUUUUGUAGCUCUCAAGCAACUACAAGACACUCCAAGCAAGCUUACUGAAGACAAUAAAGAUGAACAAAUAGGCGGUUUUCUUACUGAACAGCUCAAUAAGCUAGGUUUGUCUGAUGAGGAAGCAAGCUUUGAGAGUGAACAAGCAAACAAAGAUCACAAUGAAAAACAUUCUCAAACGACAGAAUUUGGAGCACCUCAGUUUUCUAACUCUGAAAAUGUUGCAAAAGAUCUACCUGUAGAUUCAUUGGAAGGAGAAGAUUUUGAGAAGGAAUUCUCAUUUCUGAACAACCUCCUAAGUUCUGGUUCUUCAAGUACUAGUGAAUUUACCCAAGAAUACCAGACUGCCUUUGGGAGCCCCAGUGCCAGUCUCACGUCCCAAGAGCCUUCCAUGGGGUCUGAGCCCCUCGCUCAUUCUUCUCGAUUCCUUCCUUCACAACUCUUUGACCUUGGCUUUCAUGUGGCUGGAGCGUUCAACAGCUGGGCCUCCCAAGAGGAAUCAGAGCUUCGUCUUUCACACACUGAUAACCAGCCAGUGCCUUCACAGAGUCCAAAGAAAUUAACAAGAUCCCCCAACAAUGGCAACCAAGACAUGUCAGCCUGGUUCAAUCUGUUUGCAGACUUGGAUCCACUUUCAAACCCAGAUGCUAUUGGACACUCAGAUGAUGAACUACUUAAUGCUUGACUGAAGUUAUAAUGGCACUGCAGUGACCUUGAGACAUCAAUUUUGCAACGUAUUUCCUUUGUGGAAAGGAGUUUCUAUUGUAACCCACACACAAAAGCACGGUGUUUGUGAAUAUAACACCUGUCAGCCAACUUUAGACAGAUGGUAAAGACCACAUUUGAAUAAGUACACAUCUUUCAUAUCUUGGAUUUGCAGCUGUUGGUACUACGUGGAAAAUAUUAGAAACUUCUAUGUGGAAAAUAUUAGAAACUACAGAGUCUGCGAUAUUUAGAUACUGAAAUUUAUGUCAAAAUAACGGCUAGGUAUAAUUCUGUCAAUAUGGAGUUGAGCUCAUUUCUUUGGAAACCCUUUUAAGUUGCCUUGCUGGCUGUGAGAAUUUUAUAUGUGGAUAAAAAAGAUAGAUAGCAUGUAAAUUGGGUUGUGGUUUGGGGUCAGUUUUUAAAUGAAAUAAAUAGUAGCAAGGAGGAUUUUCUGUUUUGGAAAACAGCAUUAGAACCAGACCAGCUUUGUUUUGGGUUAGAGAGAUAGAUAGAAUAAGAUUUGAGAACUCAGUUUGCUUUAAUGAAAUCACAGAGAAACUUGGUACUUGUUUUUCUUCAUUUGGAGGCUAAAAUGUAAUGUUUUUUCAUUCAUACAAAAUAAUGGACACUCCCUAAUUCCAUUAUUAAAUCUUGAAGAGGAAGUAGCAGGAUAAUUAAUUUGCUAAGCCCAUCCUCUGCAGAAACAGAAAAGUCUAUCUUCCCAUCAUCUCCUAAAACUCAGAAUGCACAGUAAUACUUAAGGCUUGUACAAGUGUCUUCAGACCCACUUUUUUAUACACUUGCUAUAUAGUAUUAUUAUGCAGUAUUUAUAUUAUUCCUGAAAAUAAAAUGAUGGGAGAAUAUUCCCUAAGCAACUGGCAAUAGUAUUCCUGAAAUACCUAGAAAUUUCUAUCUGAAUGAGGGAGACACUUAUGAACACCUUAUCCUUACAUAUAUUUGCAUACUUAUCCCAUAUUUUGUGACAUAAUUUAACCCAGAAUACUUUCUGGCAGACAUACAGAAAGCUCUGUGUGAUCAAUAAGGGAGUGUCUCAUUUUUCUACUUCCCUCUUUCUGUAGGUGACAUAAUCUGAAGCUCUACUUGAUUACUAAGCAAAAUCUGUUACCCCUACAGGGUUUAGAACCUAAGUAUUCGAGAGGAAGGCUAUUUAAUGGAAGUUAGUGUAAGCUGAUAAAAACAUAGCCACUGUACACACACAUCAAUCACUCAAUUUCCUGUCCUUUUUUCUUGCCCACCCUUUAAUUAAUUUUGAAGCAAUUUCCUAAGUGUUUUAUAUGUGUCAUCCAGUCCAUUGCAUUUCCAUAAGAAGACAUUUUGACUGGCCGGGUGCGGUGGCUCACGCCUGUAAUCCCAGCACUUUGGGAGGCCAAGGCAGGCAGAUCACGAGGUCAGGAGAUCGAGACCAUCCUGGCUAACAUGGUGAAACCCCAUCCCUACUAAAAAUACAAAAAAUUAGCCAGGCGUGGUGGCGGGCGCCUGUAGUCCCAGCUACUCCAGAGGCUGAGGCAAGAGAAUGGCGUGAACCUGGGAGGCGGAGCUUGCAGUGAGCUGAGAUGGCGCCACUGCACUCCAGCCUGGGCAACAGAGCAAGACUCCGUCUCAAAAAAAAAAAAAAAAAAAGACAUUUUGACUAAGUUAUUCACAGUAGCUUCCAUGUGCUCUUAGUUCUAUUCUAAACAGGCUUAUUUAGAAGAGGAUUGCUUGUAAUGUUUGUCAUGGUACAUAGAAAACAUUGGACCAGAGUAGGUGAAAUGCAGUCCAUAUCCCAUCCAUAGCCAUCUAUAAUAGUAACUGCCCACAAGCUCUCCAGAAAACUACUACAAUGGCCAAGUACAGUUUAGGCUGGAAAGACCUUAUCUGAAGGUCAGAAACAUUGACUCAGAUAAAAGGUAUGAAGUCUUUCCAUAAAAUCUUUUCACAAUAUUACUCCUAUUUCUUUAUUUUAGAUUUUAAUGAGCCAUUACUUAUCUCUUUAGAAGCCUUUUUUAAGUCUUCCUUUAUACUCAGUGAAAUUUCCCAGAAUGCAAUACUGCACUGUUCUGCCAAGUUCCAAUCACCAAGAUCAUGAUCAUGAGUCCCAAUCUGAAUUCUAUACCCAUGGUGACUCUGGUGCUCUCAACUUUUGAUUGCCUCAGAAAAUGCUAAAACUUUGGCUGGGCAUGGUGGCUCACACCUGUAAUCCCAGCACUUUGGGAGGCCAUGGCGGGUGGAACAUUUGAGGGCAUGAGUUUGAGACCAGCCUGGCCAACAUGAUGAAACGCUGUCUCUACUAAAAAUACAAAAAUUAGCCAGGUGUGGAGGUACAUGCCUGUAAUCCCAGCUACUCAGGAGGCUGAGGCAGAAGAAUUGCUUGAACCCAGGCAGAGGAGGUUGCAGUGAGCCGAGAUUGCACCACUGCACUCCAGCCUGGGCGACAGAGCGAGACUCCGUCUCAAAAAAAAAAAAAAAAAAAAAAAGCUAACUUUAUGUCUUGAGAGUUUGUACCAUUUUUCUUUGUAGUGGUCACCUUGCUAAUGCAUUAGUUCUGAGAUAUUUAUCUCCCUCACAUGUGUGCAAGGAAGUCCCUGUUAUCGAAUACAGAUACUUUAACAAGCAGACAAAGCAGACGACCAAAGUCCAUACUAGGAACACCCUAAAUUUUCCAAAAGCAAAAGUUCUCCCGAAAUGGAGACAUACGAGGGACUUUUAUUAUUCUGUUACUAGUUUCUAUAACAUUUCUUCUUUCAACACAGUAUAUGUUUCCCAUUUAACCCACAGCAACAUUAACUUCCUUAGCAAGUCCAGUUCUAACUUCCAGUAAGUCCAACCACUAUUUUUGAAGAGCAUAUCAAUAACUUUAUCAAGAUGAAGGUAACUACAUUCAUAUUUCCUCAAGAUUAGUUAUUUGAAGCUCAGCAGCUUUUGUGGUCAGAAGGAAAUUUCCCACUAUUAAACCAAUAUUGCUAAUAUAAAAAACCACCACACUGAAGAAAGGAGGGAAAGGACGGGAUAAGCACAGAACAGAGAAUGACUGGUUGCUUUUUGUCUUAAUCUAGAUAAUCCAUUCAAUAAGAAGUAAAUUAAUUAUCCUUAACCAAUGGUAGGCUGAGAACAACCCUCAAAAUAGGUAUUUUUUAUGUUAAAUGGGGAGAAAUAUCUAUACUUUAUUUAUACUGGAUAAGAAUGUGUUUAAGUCUAAAAAAACACCAGACAAGCUAAACUUUGCCUAGUGUGUCUACAACCAUUUUUUAGGAGAGGCAGGAAUACCAGGGCAUAAUAAGAUCAGAUUGGUGUAAUUUUGUAUGUUUUUGAAAUCCUUCAUUAAUUGUAGAAUCUUGAUAUGAUUAGAAACAAACUGUAUUUCGGCCGGGCGCGGUGGCUCACGCUUGUAAUCCCAGCAUUUUGGGAGGCCGAGGCAGGCGGAUCAUGAGGUCAGGAGAUCGAGACCACGGUGAAACCCCGUCUCUACUAAAAAUACAAAAAAAAAAAAUUAGCCGGGCGUAGUGGCGGGCGCCUGUAGUCCCAGCUACUCGGAGAGGCUGAGGCAGGAGAAUGGCGUGAACCCGGGAGGCGGAGCUUGCAGUGAGCCGAGAUUGCGCCACUGCACUCCAGCCUGGGCGACACAGCGAGACUCCGUCUCAAAAAAAAAAAAAAAAAAAAAAAAAAAGAAACAAACUGUAUUUCAACAAACAGGUUUCAGUAUUUGCAAAUUGAAAAAGUGUUUUGUAUUUCAACUAUAAAUAUUUCAUGUAUAUGUGUAGACCAUCUAGAAAUGUAGAGGUCUUACAGCAUUAGAACGAAGGAAGUUUACAUGUGUUCUAUUUUUCUGAGCCUCUUUUAAUAAAGAUUGCAAGAUGGCAUAAAACAAAA